AAAAAGUCGUAGUAAAAAGUAAGUUUAUUUUUGUCGAUUAGUUUUAUUGUGAAAGGAAAAAUUAAAUAACCUAGAUGAUAGACACACCUUUUCGAUAAAUAUGAAUCAAUUAAGGCAAUCGGUACUACAAAGCUUUAAGAGAUUACAUCGCACCCGGAUGAAGGUGUUUGCUGGCGACGACAAAGCUCUUUUAGCUGCGAGACACAAAAUUAAUGAAGAAUUUAGCAAAAACAAACAGGUUCAAGACGAGGAUGCUAUCAAAGCAUUGGUUAAAUUAGGUGAAGAUGUAGAAAGAGAACUCAAGACACAGAUUAUACAGGCCAAACAAAUAAAACCUGGAGUGUUUCAGGCCAAAAUAACAAAUGAUACCCUAAAAUUAGAUAAUCUUCCUUACAAUGAAAGUGCAAUAUUAGAAGAACCAAAUCCAGGGAGACCUUGCUGUCAGAGUAAACAGGAAAAUAAAUAGUGUUUAAUUGAUGGAUGCAGCCAAAAAUCAAGCAAAGAAAAAUAAAUACAGUAAUAUAGAAAGAAAAAAAAAAUUUUAUUCCUUUUAUGGAAUGUCUGUUACUAAAAUCGUUACCCAUGUCUUUUGUUUAGGUAUUCUCUUUAUUACCCUCUUACAGAAUAAAAAUUUUGAAACAGAAGAAAAAAAUCUAAUUGUGCUUUACGAAUAGUAUAUCUACUGGUGUGUUAUUUUGUUGUUUCCAUGAGUUAAAGCUACUAGUAGAAGUUUCAAUUUAAAUCAGUAAUAAAAUCAAAUUGCAUUAAAUAUUAU